UUGCAGAGUCACGAAUCGCUUCUCCAGGACAUCAUUGCACAUUUGGAGAACCAAAAAGUGAUUGUCGAACGUAGUACACAAGGUCGACAAUUCAUUGAGAGCAAUACAUCAAUGAGCUUAGAUCUGCUGAUGCAGCGUGCUCAAGAGCUUCUCGAAACACUUCGCCGUACCCCACAAACUGCUCACGAAGUAGCAGCUGUCGAAGAGUACGAUAUCGAUGCUGCUGCUGACGUCCUUGCCGCACUUUAUCCGGAAGAGCAUCCUUACAGUGUACUCGCAGAACACGGAUUUGAAGGUAUUGGAUCGGAUACGGAUUCGAAGAGUGAGUUGGAAUCAAUCGGCGGAUCGUCUUCCGGAUUACUCUCACCCCUACCAGAGACAAGUACGGGCCUUGUGGCCCCAUCACAAUUCCAUCGUCAGAGAUCGCGAUGGAGACGGGUUUUACGUACAGCACUACCUCUUCAGGCAAUGCUGGUUCUGCUGUUGGGAGCAGCAUGUCUAGUUCCACACUGCGAUGAUGAGUACUGCUGUCAAUUAUUGAACAAUUUCGCAAGAAGCUUUGAUCCAUCUCUCGAAUUUAUCAAUGGACCUCCGCCUUUUUAG